CGCCGAAAAAAGAAAACUUUUUUAUUUGAUCUAAAGAAAAAAAUAUUCCAUGUUUACUGUCUAAAGAUAAAACACAAUAACAAAAGACAAAACAAACACCAACGAAAGAGAUGAGCGAGAAUGUCUUCCCCAAGGAUGAUGAUUGAUCACAAAGUCGAGAUGAUCAAUGAUGGCAUGCAAGAAUUCUUUCUUGAAUUCAAUUGCCCUAAACACAGACUCAUUGCAGGUCCAUAUCAAGAAGGUGUAUGGAAGAUAAGAGUGGAGCUACUUGAUGGUUGUCCUUAUAAGUCUCCUUCUAUUGGUUUUGUCAACAAAAUUUACCAUCCUAAUGUUGAUGAGAUGUGAGUUUUUCAUUGUAUUCCAAGGGACACCAAAAGAUUUUUAAGAAGGAAGUUUAGGGUUCAAACACUGGAAACAAACAUGAUUACUAACUUAAUAACAUUUUCCUAUCAAAAAAAUGAUUCCUUGUUUAUUGUCAUUUUAAAUCUUUUAACUUUUACAAGUUAGAUCUUUUAAAGUCCAGUUUAAAAUUACAAAAUCUUACAAGUCAUUAUAUUUUUAUAUUGUCUUUUAAAAUAUACACGGUUUUCAUGUCAAAAUCAUCUUUCAAGAUUUGACCCAAUACAUUCACCUAAGUUUGAUUAUUGCAUACCUGACCUAACCAGGUCAGACUUUAUUUGUAUUUAUUUUUUUAUGAGAAAAAAGUUUUAGAGAGUUAGAGGUCCAGGGGCUCACUAGGGUCAGGGCAGGCCUCAAUGCUCGCUAACUAAGGUGUUUGCAGAUCACCAACCAAAGAGGUCCAUUGGCGGUGGGAGUUGAACUGACGACCUUGCGGAUGUGUCCAUUCUUUACCAACCGAGCCAAUCUUCAUUGGCACUAGGUCAAAAUUUUUUGUUGGGAGGGAGUUCAAAGAAGGAGAAUGAAAUGAAGCUUUAAUUCUCGGAAACGUAAACGAGAAUUGUUAUCUGGAAUGGUAAACUGGACGAGCGCCAUUGCAAUACAUCCGUUUGAUCCUGUUGCUCAAACAUUACCAGAACCAUCAAAGUGGAAGGAGUAUAAAGGAGGCCAGAACUUUUUUGUUCAGAUACUGAGGGCAAGAGACGUUUUGUCGAUGAGAAAGUGCGCCGAACCAAACAGUGGAUCAUCUUCAAAGAAGGUGAAGAUGCAUUCUGCCAUGUAUAAUAAUCCUGUUCCCCUUGGUCACCAAGGUAGAGUGAAAUUGAGACGUAGUGAAAGGAGGCCUAUCUCAGUCAAAUCAGAUGUCUUGGUUCAAGCAGAAGUCCCGCAAUGGACCGGUGUAGUUUAUGAGAGUGACUCUAAAUGGUUAGGCACACAAGUAUGGCCUGUUAAAGAUGAUUCAAAACCUACUACAGAAACAGAUCUUGUUGGGAGAGGAAGACGAGGAAAGUGUAGCUACAAUGUUCAAGGUUCUGUUGACUGUGUCAGACUUCAUAUUGCUGCAAACAGGACCAAACUGAAGCUUGAAUUGGGUUCUGCAUUUUACCAUUGGGGAUUUGAUAAAAUGGGCGAAGAAGUUUCACUUCGAUGGACAGCUGAUGAAGAAAAGAGAUUUAAGGAUGCGAUGAGGUUAAAAAUCCCUUCCCAAAACAAGUCUUUUUGGAACAAUCCAUCCAUAUACUUUCGAAGGAAGACAAGAAAAGACAUGGUGAGCUAUUGCUUCAAUGUAUAUCUUAUUCAACUAAGAAGCUAUCGGAAUCGAGUGAAUCCGAAGACUGUUGACUGCAACAAUGAGGAAGUUGAAUUUGGAUCGUUUGGUUAUGGUUUUGGGAUGAAAGCUAUCAAGCAUCCAUCUAUGGAAUUCAUGGAGUAUUCAGAGAACACACAAUGCUUUGAUUUUGAGUAGACAAGACAGUGUGAUAAGCCAUUUUGAGGAAGAACUUGUAGAUUAAUUUUGUUUGACAUGGUUAGUGCUGCAGGACUUUUAUUCCCCUCGUUUGGACAGCAUUUGCGCUGUUAAACUUUGUUUUUCCUUUUCGACAGCAUUUGUUUAGUCGAAGCGCUUUCAAGUUUAUGGUUUUAUUUAGACAUUUGUAAGUUAAAUUUACAAAUUUUAUUUGUGGCAGGUCUUUGACUUAGGAACAAAAUUUUUAUUUUUAUUUUGCUUUUCA